UUUGGUCCAGCCCUUCCCCGAGAGACGCGCUCUGCCACAGGAAGCCCCGCCGGCGGCCUCCGAGGGCCCUGCAGGGCGAGCGAGAAGAGCGAGGCGGUCCAGAAGGUGUAUGCUGAUCGAGGCUAUUUGGACACCCUGACCCAGCUGCUGGGGACCCUCCCUCCCCCUCCAGGGGGCAGAAUGGAGUUAGAGGAGGGCUACAAUGGAAGCUCAGCACUAGGAGCUCAAGGAGGUUCAGCCAUGGCCAUCAUUGGUGCAGAAGAUGAGGACUUUGAAAAUGACAUUGAGCCUUUCCAGCACCCGGAUACUCGGAGCAGCUUGUUCCAGAACCUGGAGCUUCUGAUGAAGCAUCCUGCCUACUUGAUGGUCUUUAUACAACAUGUGGUGUUGCAGUUUGACUCGAGCCCUGUGCUCUGUUACCUGCACGUGGACCUCAUCCUAAACCGCCUUGGGCCCAAGGAAGCAAAGAAGCAGUUUGUGGAUUUUUGCCAUGCAUUCUUAGACAAAACUGGGCUGCUGAGAGUCCCUGUUCCAAAUGCUGUGCAGUAUGAACUGGACCGAAACAGGCCUGAUCUUAUCCCAGAAGACCAACAGAAAAAGUACUUGCAGGACAUCCAAUCCUUUCAAGAAAUGGAGAUUUCCCUGCAGUUGGAGGACUUCAGGGAAAAAAGGAAAAUGGGAAUGACACCGGGAGAGAAGGAGCUUUCUGAACUGGAAAGUGUCCGCACCAAGGACAAAGGCAUCCGCGAGUCCAAGGAGAAACAGCUGGCCGAACAGCUGUUGGCCAAAUUGGAGGAGAUGCACCUCACCAUUUCUGCCGACGAGGAAAAGUGCUCUGCCAUUUUUACCGCCAUUGUGACAUAUAUGAAGCACCUGGGGGUUAAGACAAAGACAGCCGAUAACAAGAAGUCGAAAGCAAACUUCUUCCGCAAGAAGAUUUCAGGGACCAAGAAGCCUGAGGAAGCUCUCAAACCGAAGAAAAGCUUUAGCAUUUUGGACCCAGCACGCUGGAACCGUGGGGAUUCCCACUAUUCUGAUUACAGACAGUCCAAAGCUGAGGGUGAAGCAGGGGAGAAGACUCCAGCCUUGGACAAGAAAGCCAAGUUAGCAGAAGGAAGUUCUGGGCGGGGCAAGGGGACCCCUUCGGGGCAGGAUCCUUCUGGAGUGUCCGUCACUGUGCACCCCCCACCCGGAGAGAGCAAUGACGGAGAGGGGGUGGACAGUCUGGGUCUGGCAGAUUCAGGAGAUUCACCAGUUACUGAGCAGUCCCUGGCCGGAGAACAGCUCCCACCGGAUGAAGGCGCAGAAAAUGAAAGAAGGCGAAAAAGGCUGACCGGAAAGUUGGGCCGCUCUGAGAGCCUGCGGGUUUACGAGCGGAAGCGGUCUCAGCGUGGCUCGGCCAAGGGCAAGCAGCCGCGUUCGCGGAGCGAUGUGGACCUCGAGGCCGCGGCCCGGGCCAAUGAGCUGGAGGAGAAGCCAACCCUAGAGCAGGCCCGGCAGAAGCAGGGAAGUUGCAAUUUGGAGCCAGGAGGGGCAGGGGGCGGGGAGCCUCCGCCGUCCUUUCUGCUUCCCCAGUCUGAGGAGUUUGAGCCGCGCGUUUCGGAACUGGAACUGGACCCGCCAAACUGGCGGGAGCUUGUCCCCCCCGACACCCUCCUCAGGCUGAAGAAAAGUGAAGUGAAGCGGCAAGAAGUGAUCAAUGAGCUGUUUAUCACUGAGCAUGCCCACCUGCGGAUGCUCCGAGUGUUGCUGGAGGUUUUCUACCAACCUUUGUUGACCGAGGGAUACUUUACGGACAACGAACUGGUGAACAUUUUCCCCAGUCUGGAGGACCUGAUUGACGAACACAAAGUGUUUCUGGAGAACUUGAAGAAGCUGAGGGAGGAAAAUAAUUUGAUUGUCUCUGAAAUUGGAAGCACGCUGCUGGCGCGAUUCAAUGGGUCUGAAGGAAACUGGUUUCAGAAGAUCUCCUCCCGGUUUUGUAGCCGCCAAUCUUUUGCAUUAGAACAGCUGAAGGCCAAGCAGAAGAAAGAAGCCCGUUUCAACCAGUUCAUCCAGGACGCAGAAAGUAAACCUCGAUGCCGGCGAUUGCAACUGAAGGACAUCAUUCCUAUUGAGAUGCAGAGGCUGACCAAGUAUCCACUGCUGCUCCACUCCAUCGCCAAAUGCACUGAGGAAGCUGAAGAACGCCAGAAGGUGGAGAGGGCAGCCGAAUGUUGUCGGCAGAUCCUCAACCAUGUCAACCAAGAAGUGCGUAUUAUGGAGAAUUUACUGAAACUCAAAGAUUAUCAGCGGCGCUUGGACCUCUCCAACUUGAAACAAAGUACUGAUCCUCUGCUGAGUGAAUUUCGGAAUACGGAUAUCACCAAGCGAAAUCUUGUGUAUGAGGGACCCCUGACAUGGCGUGUCACCAAGGAUAAAUCAGUAGAUGUUCAUGUCAUCUUGCUGGAUGAUAUCUUGGUCCUUCUGCAGAAGCAGGAAGAGCGCCUGGUGCUCAAGUUUCACAGCCGCACUAUCACCCCAACCCCCGAUGGGAAACAAAUGCUGUCCCCCAUUAUCAAGCUCAAUUCUGCCAUGACCCGUGAAGUGGCCACAGACAUCAAGGCCUUCUAUGUGAUCUUCAGCUGGGAGAAUGGGGCUCAGAUCUACGAACUGGUGGCUCAGACAGUGUCAGAACGGAAGAACUGGUGCAACAUAAUCAGCGAGACUGCUGGUUCUCUGAAGCUGCCUGCUGCUUUCAAUUCUAAACCCCGGCUUUCCGUGCCAAACCGAACUUUGCCACAUAGUCCCAGCUACUACUCAGAGGCCCUUCUGGGUGGAGCAGAAAAUGGCAACUCCCUUAAGGAGGCACUGCAGUCAGAAGAGCAAGAAAAAGAUGGAAUGCUGGAAGGUGCAGAAUUUGAGGAACGGAACCCUGUCGGUGGACCAAAGUUGGACAAGACGGUGGAGGCAUUUGUGGCUGACCUACAGACCCUCUGCAGAUCUCGGCCUCCUGGGCAGGUCCCUCUGGCCUCUGCUGCACAGGACCGAGUCUUGGCCCUGAAGAGGCUGCUUCAGAUUCCAGAGGAAGGGGAGACCAUCUUUCCCACAGAACCUACAGACCUUUCCCCAGAGAAUGGAGACCCCCAGGAGGGGGAAGAGGAAUGGGAUGGAAAUUUCAGGAUUGAAGCAGACAACAGCAGGAGGCUUCCAGGAGGUUCUUCGAAUGGCCCUCAAGAUGCAGAGUGGGGCUCUGAGCAUUUGGAUAAGGAAGGGCCCCGUUUCCCCAUCAUUCUGUCGCUCCAACAGUCUGACGGGGUGAAGCAUCACUUAAGGCUUCUAGAAGAUGCAAUUCAGGGUCUGAAGGAUAUAGAAACAGAUUACUGGAGGCUUCAGCAGCUGAUGGACAAGUUUACAUCAUCUCAACAGCCUAGUUCCACAUGAGGCUUGGCCAAGCAAGGCCUGUCCGAACAAGAAGGAAGAGGACUGUGGGCUCACCCCCUUCUCCUGCCAGGCGGUUCUCUCCCAGCAUGAGCAACCAAAUGGGGACCUACGCUGCUGCUUGUUUUGUAUAGGGAGAGAUGCUGUGGAUUUUGUACAUAGAAUUUUCUGCCUAGAGCACACUAUAAGGGGGAGUAUUUAGAGGCUGAAGCGUUGUAUUUACGAGAGGUCCUGCAAGCUUCUGGGGGUGUGGGGAGGAGCUGCUUUGUUAGGUGAGAAAGGUGCUUCGGGAUGGGUAAGCUUCACUUUUAGCGAAGGGAAGAGUUUACAGGGCUGGCUCUCAGGGGUGACAGAUUACAAAACUGGGAUCUGAUGACAGCUCUUUGUUGGUCAAAAUAGGUGGUGGGCUAACAAAGGACACACGUGCAGAAGCCCAUAAUUUGAUGGCCUGUUUACUGAUAGGCUCUCAGGUACCUCAGAGAGGGUGCUCAAGGAGGACAUAAUCUAGUACAGUGUUUCUCAGCCAUGGCAACUUGAAGAUGGGUGGACUUCAACUCCCAGAAU